AUGGCUGCUCCGUUGCCAUUCUAUACAGUGUUUGGUUUGUUGGACGCGUGCAUCCGAUUGGAGAUUUCAAGUGUUUUUGUUUCUUCUGCUCUCUCCCCCCCCCCCCCAAAGUAUGGAUCUGUUGACAUGCGGAACAAAACAGCCGAAGAAGCUUAUCUUGAAAUGCUCAAGCCAGGUGAAAAUGUUAGAAUAAAAGCUCAGUACAGAAUAGAAGAAUUCAACAAGAUCAAAGAGUUACCUGGAGAUGGAUUCUAUGUCAGGGCACUUUAUGACUGGAUGGCAGAAGUGGAGCAGGACUUGAGCUUCAAGAAGGAUGACAUUUUGUACAUCGAUGACAGCUGGAUGAAAAUGCCCAAAAGCUGGAAAGAGCAGCUGGAUGAAAAUGCCCAAAAGCUGGAAAGAGAACAGAUUCCCAGCAAAUACAUGAUGGAGCAGGAGUUCUACAGGAGGCACAGCAUGUCUGAAGCUAAAGAUGAAAACAGCUCUGCAAAGACAUCGUCGGCAGCAGCUCGGAGGUCGUUCUUUAGGAGGAAGCACAAGCACAAACGCAGCGGGUCCAAAGAUGGAAAGGAAAUGCUAGCCCUUGACACCAUCAGCACAGACUCCAUCCCUUUUUGGAUGGCAAGUGUCUUAACUGAAUUUGCUUAGCCCACGACAAAAUUAUUUAGGUUAAUUUGCACAUUGGUAAAGGAGGGCCUAUGACUUUGGGUUUCAGAAGA